AUGAAUAACACAACUAAAUUUAAUUCACCAUCAUCACUAUAUUCUGAAAAUAGUUCAAUAGUAAUGAAUGCAAGAAAUGUUGCUUCAUUUCAACGUAUUUUAUAUGGACGACCACCACCGACAACACCACGAACUGAACAAUCACAUGUUAUAGAGACAUGUAAUGUUAAUGAACAUACUAAAGAUCCGUCAGCUCGUUCAAUUUUAAUUGAUAGUGCAACUCGACAAUCAGGUUUUCUUCCACAUGAAUAUCGAUUAGCAAAUACAUUUGAAUCAAUUCGUCGACGACGUUCAGAAUAUAAAUCAUCAUCAAAACCAUCGAAAAUAAUACCUCGAACAUCUUUUCGAACAUCACCACGUCUUGAUGCUUUUGGUAAUUUAACAAGUACAAUGAGUAAAUUAGCUGAACAACGUUUAAUUUUACGUCAAAAAUCAAUUAAAAAAAAACCAAAUUCAUCACCAUUUUUUGAUAAACAAGAAGGAUAUAUUGUUAUGAGUGAUGCUGAUUUUGCAACGGAUAUACCAAAUGCUCUUGAAUUUGUUUUACAAAAUAGUAAAGGAAAAACUACGAUGGAAUUAAAUUUAUUUGAAACAUUAAAACGAGAACGUUUAGAACAAGCUCGUUAUCGACUUUUACCAAUAAAUCGAGCACCAUAUACCUAA